CAACUCUACAGGGAUAAACGCCAAUCGACACCCAUGCCACCAGCAUCAAGAGCAUGGCACAUGCUUGUGCCUUGUCGUUCAAGCACCGGCAUGACAACAAGACCUUGACUUUUCUCUUCUUCCUUUCCCUUUCGCAGCACACCCACAAAUAACACAAUGCCGUACCCGUCCACGUUCCCGCCGCUCGACAUCCCCGACGGGAUCGAUCUGUGGUCGUUUCUGUUCGGGCACAAGCACAGAGACUUCCCUGUGACCAAGGAGAUCCUGACCUGCGCCGAGACGGGCCGCUCGUACAGCUGGGCCGAUGUGCGCAGCGCGUCCAUCGAGUUCGGCAAGGGACUGAAGGCGCUCUGGGGGUGGAAGAAGGGCGACGUACUUGCCUUGUACACUCCAAACUCCAUCGAUACCCCCAUCGUCACCCUCGGCGCCCUCUGGGCAGGCGGCGUCGUCUCGCCCGCCAACCCCCUCUACACCACCGACGAGCUGGCCUUCCAGCUCCGCGACUCCGGCGCCAAGGGGCUGGUGACGCAGCCGGCCUACCUGGGCACGGCGCUCGCGGCCGCGCACAAGGCCGGCCUCCCGCCGGAGCGCGUCGUGGUGCUGGGCCCGCGGCGCGACCCGCGCGGGCGCACCCGCCACUUCGCCAGCAUCCGCAGCACCAGCUACACGGGGCGGUACGCCAAGGCCAAGAUCGCGCCCCGGCGCGACCUCGCCUUCCUCGUCUACAGCUCCGGCACCACCGGCCUGCCCAAGGGCGUCGGCCUGUCGCACCGCAACAUGGUCGCCAACCUGCUGCAGGCGAGCUACGUCGAGGGCAGCCAGUGGCGCAGCCGCGGCGGGCCCGACGGCGCCGGCGACAGGCAGCUGGCCGUGCUGCCCUUCUUCCACAUCUACGGCCUCACCUGCGGCGUGCUGAUGGCGCUGUACGAGGGCUGGCAGCUCGUCGUGCUGGAGCGCUUCGACAUGGAGAAGGCCCUGCGCGCCAUCGAGAAGUACCGCGUCACCUUCGCCUACGUGCCGCCGCCCGUCGUGCUGGCCUUCAGCAAGCACCCGGCCGUGGACGCGUACGAUCUGAGCUCGCUGAAGGUGCUGCACUCGGGUGCCGCGCCGCUGACGCGGGAGCUGACCGAGGCGGUGUGGAACCGGCUCAAGGUGCCGGUGAAGCAGGGGUUCGGGCUGUCGGAGACGAGCGCCGUGGUGUGCUGCCAGACGGUGGAUGAGUGGGCCAAGUUUAUGGGGUCCGUUGGGAAGCUGAUGCCCAACAUGACGGCCAAGAUCGUGGGCGAGGAUGGGAAGGAGGUGCCGGAGGGUGAAUCUGGCGAGCUGUGGCUAAAAGGCCCCAACGUCUUCGCCGGAUACUUCAACAGACCCGAGCUGACCAAGGAGGCGUUUUCGCCCGACGGCUUCUUCAAAACCGGAGACGUGUUCCGGCGCGACAAGCACGGCAAUUUCUACUGCGUAGAUCGGCUCAAGGAGCUGAUCAAGUACAACGGCUACCCGGUCCCGCCGGCCGAGCUAGAAGGGGUGUUGCUCGGGCACGAGGACGUCGCCGACGCCUGCGUGAUCGGCGUCGAGGACCGCGCCAACGCGACCGAAGUGCCGCGGGCAUACGUCGUCCUCCGCCCGGGGGUGGCGGCCGGCGACGCCAAGGCGGAGCAGCUUGCCGAGUGGGUGGCGGCGCGGGUGGCUCCGCACAAGAAGCUGCGCGGCGGCGUGCGCUUCGUGGACCACGUCCCCAAGUCGCCCAGCGGCAAGGUGUUGCGGAGGGUGAUGCGGGCGCAGGCGAAGCAGCAGGAGCAGCGGGCUUUGGGGGCGAAGUUGUGAUAACCGUUUGGUAGGCAAAGCACAUGUGGACGUAUGUCCCAAUGUAGAGUCUAGUUCUAUGUAUGUCCAUGCAAGCCAAUAUCCCGUCUAGCGC